AGACUAUAAUUAAACUUUAUAGCCGCCGUUAUCGUGGGUAUUGCCUCUGGCUAUCUUCUUUUUGCAAAAUAUUGAUCUUGAACGGAUAGUGAACAAUUGUGCGGCUUUUGCGGCAGAUAAGCCUGUGGAAAGACCAAACAAUAAAGUUGGUUGAGACGCUAAUUAAAAUGAGCAAACAGUGGUGAGGUGUGUGGAGUGCCAGUGAUAAUAGUGCCCUUCCACGUGUGAUAAAGUGGAGAAAACGUAUCAGGACGCCUAUUAGCUGUUAAUUUGUAAAUCGAGUCACAAAUUGGCGGAGCGUCAAAACUGAAGAAGCGGGAUACUUUUCAAAUUCAAAUCGAAAGCUGCUGCUGCAAAGAGAGCAUAAAAGCAUAAAAGCUUUCGCCAGACCUAAACCUCCACCUAAUCAAGAGACGAAGCUAUAUAUUCGGUCGGCCACAAAGAGCGAGAGCGCUGCGUGUGCGCAUUGUCGAAAUGAGCGCGACAGAGGCAUCCGCACGAAAUGAAACGCAACGACGUCGCAGCAUCGGCAGCCAAACGAGCGCGACUAGCAUUGUAGGCGGAGAAGUGGCAGUGGUCGAGCAGGAGGGAGAGGUGGAGGGAUGUGGGCAUUGUCGCAGCGCCUGCCAAUGGCUAUGGCUUGUUAUCACCUCCACGUCCGUGGAGCCGACCAUGUUCCUCUACAUGUUUGCCUUCAUGAUUACCUCCGUGGUGGAGCAGAGCUUUUUCCUGUACAAGGCCUGCCGCGUGAACAACAACUUUAGCGAGGCGAUCUGCACCAACAUCCACAAGGCCGAGAACGAGGCGUACAAGAAGCAGUCGCUGGAGACCACCGCCUGGUUCCUGCAGUGGGAGAACAUCUCCGCCCACAUCUUCCCUAUCGUCAUGGCUCUGUUCCUGGGCUCCUUCUCGGAUCGACGCGGCCGGAAGCUGCCGCUGCUGAUGGGACUGGUGGGUAAGUUCAUCUACUCAACGAUGAUUGUGGUGAAUGCCAAGAUGCCCCAUUGGCCGGUGCAGAAUAUCAUCUACACGGCCACCCUGCCCUCGGCUCUGACGGGGGCCGAUGUGGCCAUUUUUGCCUCAUGCUUUGCCUACAUUUCGGACAUAUCCACGCUGGAGCAGCGCACCAUCCGGGUGACCAUAUUGGACGUGGUGUAUCUGAGUGCCAUGCCCACGGGCGUGGCACUCGGCUCGCACCUCUUCUACAACACCUUCCACCAGUCGUAUGCGGAUAUGUUUUUGGUAAACGCCUCCCUGCUGGCGCUGGCCAUCCUCUACACACUGUUCGCCCUGAAGUGGCAAACCACGCCCCGACAACGCUCGCUGAGAGAGUUGGGCUGCUGUGGCAUUUGGGGCGACUUCUUCGACAAGCAGCACGUGAAGGACUCGUUCAGCGUGCUGUCGAAGACCCGCCAGGGCCAUCGCCGCAGCUUCCUCAUCAUCCUGCUCGUCAGCAUGGCGCUGUACACAUUCCAGCGGGACGAGGGCAGCUACCUCUAUCUCUACACGCUGGACAAGUUCAAGUGGGAGGUAAGCUCCUUCAGCAGCUUCAAGACCUUCAAGUCGUCGGCAUAUGUGAUUGCCAUGCUCCUGGCAGUGCCGCUCAUGAACAAAGUUUUGGGGUGGCGUGAUACGACCAUCAUCUUCAUUGGCGCCUUUGCCCACUCGAUAGCCCGACUGUUCUACUUUUUUGCCGCCACUCCGAAACUGCUCUAUGCCGGGGCCGUGGUCUGCAGUCUGGGGCCGAUUGUGGGUCCCAUGAUUCGGGCCAUGACCUCCAAGGUAGUCCCCACUUCGGAGCGUGGCAAGGUCUUUGCCCUGCUCUCUGUAUGCGACAAUGCGGUGCCGUUCAUCAGUGGGGUCUGCUACUCGCAGAUCUAUCGCGCUAGCCUGGACGCCAACUACGGAGGGGAUGUCUUCAUGCUGACCAUCGCCACCCAGAUGGCGGUCUUUCUUCUGAUACUAUGCAUUCACAUCAUUCUGGGCAGGAAUUCGUUGGCCGUCCCCGAAGUUGCCGAGAAUGAGAGCGGCCUGAUCAACCCCGAAACGGCCUUGGCGACGCCACAAGAGGAGGAAAAAUACUAGCUGGACGCUGCAUCUCCAUUUUUUUUUUUUUAAUUUUUUUUUCGUUUAGCAAUAAAAAGACAUACAUUAUAUACCAUA